AUGCUUCCCCUUUGCUAUCCCUCGUCGCACCCCGACGUCACCCGUUUGCCGGCCUUAUGAUUCCCUCCUGCUCUCGUCAUCGUCGUCGCAGAUCGGACCCGAAGCCGUCAAGGGACAAGGCCAAAUCCGUCGCUACCUACAAACCAAAGAGGCUUUGACCGAACGACCGGCACCGCACAUCAACGUCGUCGCCGACAUCCUCGCCUCGUCCGUUAAGCGCUUCGGCGACCGACCUGCCUUGGGAUGGCGAGACCUGUUGCGCAUGCACGAGGAGGAGAAGGAAGUGACCAAGAAGGUCGGCAACGAGACAGUCACCGAGACCAAGAAGUGGUCCUACUUUGAGCUGUCCGACUACAAGUACAUGUCGUACAACGAGCUCGCGAGCAAGGUCAAGGCCGCUGCUUCGGCACUCGUCGAGGCGGGCCAUUCGAGCAAGACCAUCUUCAACAUUUACGCCUCGACCUCGGUCAACUGGCAGGUCAUGGCCAACGGUGAGUUUCAUUCAAUUUCGAGUGGCCUUUGAAUAAGCCUUCGCAAUAUCAAGGCGAGCAGUGUGAAGCUGACCGAGUCGCCGGGUAUUCCUUUCCACAGGUUGCGCGUCGCAGGGCAUCACUUUCGCUACGGCCUACGAUUCCCUCGGUGAAGAUGGCUUGCAGCAUUCGCUCGCCGAACCCGAAGUGUAUGGUCUGUUCACCAAUGCCAACCUCGUCUCGACCGUGGCGAACGUAAUUAGCUCAGGUAAGACACCGUCGGUCAAGGUGGUCAUCUACGAUGGCAAGGACAGCGAUGUCAAGACCGGCGCUUUGGACAAGCUCGAAAAAACAGGCGUCAAGGUGUACAAGUUCGACGAUUUCAUCGCGCUUGGCAGGGAGAAGCCUCACUCGCCGAACCACCCACAGCCCGAGGACCUCGCAUGCAUCAUGUACACCUCCGGAUCGACCGGCGCACCCAAAGGUGUGUUGCUGACGAACGCCAACAUCAUCGCCGCAAUCGGUGGUGCCGAGACAUUGCUGCACGACCUCACCACCCCCGACGCUCGCUACAUCGCCUUCUUGCCCUUGGCCCACAUUUUCGAGAUGGCCGUCGAGAUGACCUUGUGAGUACGGAAACCGUUGCCCCACACAACGUGAAAUGCAAUCGACCGAGUUUUGUCCGGUUCCUUGCAGGCUCUACGUCGGUAUCCCUAUCGGUUACGGUACGGUCAAGACCUUGACCGACACUUCGGUGCGCAACUGUGCUGGUGACAUCCGCGCUUUCAAGCCUACCAUCAUGUGCGGUGUGCCUGCUGUUUGGGAGUUGAUCAGGUAAGCUUCAGCACUUUGGCGCCUCAGCUCCUGGAAGGCAGAUAAGGUAAUAAUAUGACUUCAUUCCGUUUGGCCGGAUGUCCUUGGCAUCUGUAGGAAAGGAAUCAUGGCCAAGGUCAAGGCUGGGGGAGGAGUCAAGCAGAAGCUGUUCAACUACGCCGUCAACGCCAAAAAGGCCGCGGGUCCGGGUACCCUCACCGCUAGAAUCGCAGACGCGGUCGUGUUCAAGCCCGUCAAGCAAGGCACAGGUGGUGCGCUCAAAUACAUCAUCAACGGUGGUGCCAGUGUUUCCAAGGAGACGCAGCAGUUCCUCUCGACCGCUCUGUGCGACACUAUGAUCCAAGGCUACGGUAUGACCGAGACCUGUGCCCUUUCGUUCAUCCUGCCCCCUUCUCUGCUUCAAUCGGGCGUCGUCGGAGUCCCGUGCCCUUCGAUCGAGGCCAAGCUAGUCGACUUUGAGGAAGCAGGCUACUUUUCGACCAACUCGCCCCCUCAGGGUGAGGUGUGGAUCCGAGGGCCGACGGUGACCAAAGGCUACUUCAAGCGCGAGGAUUUGACGAAGGAGGCAAUCACUGAGGACGGUUGGUUUCAGACCGGCGACAUUGGACAAUGGAACCCCGACGGAACGUUGUCGAUCAUUGACCGAAAGAAGAACUUGGUCAAGCUACAAGGUGGAGAAUACGUCGCGCUCGAACGACUGGAAUCCAUCUACAAGAGCACGCCUUGCGUUGCCAACAUCGCUGUUCAUGCGGAUUCGAACGCAGCGAGGCCAAUGUGAGUAGACCUACCUGAUGAGUAGUUUUGUAAGUGGUGACUGAAUUCGCUGGUAUCCCACAGGGCCAUCAUCGUCCUCCACGAGGGGAACUCGAAAAAUCUGGCCGAAGCGAACGGCAUGGACGGGUCCGACCUCGAGGCGUUGGCCUCCAACAAGGACUUCAAGAAGCUGGUCGUUUCCGAAUUGGCUGCCGGUGCCAAGCGCGCCAAUCUUAAGUCCUUGGAGCAAAUCUCGGUCGUCGUGCUCACGGCUCACGAGUGGACGCCGCAGAACGGCUUGCUCACGGCCGCCCAGAAGCUGCAGCGCAAGGGCAUCUUGGAGAAGUACAAGGAUGAAGUCUCGGUAAGCAUAAUGUUGCGACCCUUGACGUGUUGAACCUGAUCACUUACGUCAUCUCUCUUCUCCCUCGGGACAGGCUGUUUACCCCUAA